GAGGAGGUGGCGGGGGAGGGGGCUGUGGCUGGAGACCGGGGCGGGGCCGCGCGGCGGGCGGGGCCGCAGCCGGGGGGCGCCGCUAGAGAGCCCCUGAGCCGCGGCCGGAGAAGAGCGCACAGCUUUGGGGAGCCCAGGCCCGGCAGCCAUGGCGGUGGAAGGAGGAAUGAAAUGUGUUAAGUUCUUGCUCUACGUUCUUCUGCUGGCCUUCUGCGCCUGUGCAGUGGGACUGAUUGCUGUGGGUGUAGGGGCCCAGCUGGUCCUGAGUCAGACCAUUAUCCAGGGGGCCACGCCUGGCUCCUUGUUGCCCAUCGUCAUCAUCGCAGUGGGUGCCUUCCUCUUCCUGGUGGCCUUUGUGGGCUGCUGUGGGGCCUGCAAGGAGAACUACUGUCUUAUGAUCACGUUUGCCAUCUUCCUGUCUCUUAUCAUGCUGGUGGAGGUGGCCGCAGCCAUUGCUGGCUAUGUGUUUAGAGACAAGGUGAUGUUAGAAUUUAAUAAGGACUUCCGGCAGCAGAUGCAGAAUUACCGGAGAGACAAUCGCACAACUUUGGCCCUGGACAAGAUGCAGGAAGAUUUUAAAUGCUGCGGGGCAGCUAACUACACAGACUGGGAGAGCGUCCCUACUGUGCCCAAGGGCCAAGUCCCUGACUCCUGCUGCAUCAAUGUCACAAAGGACUGUGGGGCUUCUUUACAAAUAAAUAACAUCUACUCUGAGGGCUGUGUGGAGAAGAUCGGGGGCUGGCUACGGAGCAAUGUGCUGGUGGUGGCUGCAGCAGCCCUGGGAAUUGCCUUUGUGGAGGUACUGGGAAUUGUUUUUGCCUGCUGCCUCGUGAAGAGUAUCCGGAGUGGCUAUGAAGUGAUGUAGGGUGUCUAGUCUCUUCAGUCUCCUCAUCUAAGGGAGUGGGGUAGUACACUCCAGGUUUUUCAAUUAAACGGAUUAUUUUUUCAGACUGAAAAAAAAAAAAUGGUCUCACUUUGUCUUUAAGUGUAAUACUUUAUCCUUUCCUUCUCCUCACCUGUGUUCCUGUCCUCUGGGAUCCUGUUCUAUGCACCUCAGUAAAGAAAGGCAUAUGGUGGUGGUGGUGGUGGGGUUGUUGGGGGAAGGCGGGUUUUGCUUAAGACACUGGUGGGGUUGGCAGUGGAAGUGGGGAUCUGGAGGGGGCUGGGCCCCAUGGCCCUCCCUGUCUUCUAGUCCUGUGCUGCCAAGUUUGGGGCUGUAAUAUUCAUGAAGCCAUCUCCUGCCAAAGUCAGAGGGAUUCCCCACAAUGGCUCUACCUGGGAGAGGCCAGCCCACAUCUACCACGGACAUCUUCUCCCUGGUGUUCUGCCCACCUCUGAAGGCCUAGCAACUCCCUCCCAACAAAGGGGACCCGGCUCCUUUUAGGAUAGUGAUCAAUUGCUAUCACACCUUUGUGGCCUGUAUCCAUUAGAUAAGAGGACAAUUUAGGGGUUCCUGGUUGGCUUGGUCGGUUGAGUGUCUUGACUUUGACUCAGGUCAUGAUCACAGGGUCAUGAGAUCAAGCUCUAUGUCUGGCUCCCAGCUCAGCAGGGAGCUAUUCUCUCCCUCUGCCCCCCUUCCCUCACUUGCAGGGUCUCUCUCAAAUAAAAAUGUAAAAAAGGAGGGGCCAUCUGGGUGGCUCAGUCAGUUAAAUGUCCUGCCUUUGGCUCAGGUCGUGAUCCCAGGGUCUUGGGAUUGAGCCAUGUGUCAAGCUCCCUGCUCAGUGGGGAGUCUGCUGCUCCCUCGCCCUCUGCCUCUCCCCGCCAACUCAUGCUCUCUCAAAGAAACUCUGAAAAAAAUAAAAUAAAAUAAAGGGGCGCCUGGGUGGCUCAGUGGGUUAAAGCCACUGCCUUCAGCUCAGGUAAUGAUCCUAGGGUCCUGGGAUGGAGCCCCACAUCGAGCUCUCUGCUCAGCAAGAAGCCAGCUUCCCCCUCUCUAUCUGCUUGCCUCUCUGCCUACUUGGGAUCUCUGUCAAAUAAAUAAAUAAAAUCUU